AUGACCACUUCCUCUGCCUCCCCGUCACGACCAUCUUUCCCUACGGUAGCGACCAAGGCUUUGUCAACUGCCCAGUCCUCGCAGUUGAAUGUCGCGGCGGAAACCAAGGUCGCACCAUCCGCAGCACGCCCACCCUCGCAAUCGAACGUUUCGACUGAUAACAAGGUCACCGCCGCCUCGGGGCCUCGAGCCCCGUCGCAGGUGAACGGCGAACCUGACAACAAGGCCACCUCCAAGUCCCGUCCGUCAUCGCGUGCUCCCACAAACACCAGAUCCCGACAAGAUGUUGCGGCUCCGGAUCCGACCUCCCAGAGAGCAACCCUCGCCUUGAUCAGAAAAACAUUGGUUGCCGAUGGGAGUCAUGGAGCGGAUUUGAAAGGGACGCCAGCAUCGAUUGAAGGAGUCCUACCUCCGCUUACCAGUUCAAACGAGGUAGACGUGCAGCUGUAUGCCAUUGUCGCCAUCGUGAUUAAAGACUUCGUCAAUUCCUGGUAUACGAAAAUUACUCCGGACCACACGUUCGUGGAUGAAGUCAUCCAGAUUAUUGCCCAUUGUACACGAGCCCUUGAGCAGAGACUGCGCCAGAUUGACAUAACGGAAUUGAUGUUGGACGAAUUACCCGUCUUGGUGGAAAGACAUAUUGUCGCAACCCGCACGGCUGCAACAGCGCAGGCUUCGUUGCAGUACGGAGAGAACCCGCUUCGAAUUUACCAUGCCCUGAACCCGCAUCCAGCUCUCGAUCCUACCCUGCCUCCUGAACAACAGCGGAGCUACGAGUCAGCCUAUCGACAAUUACUCAUUCAAGGGGCGCUUGCCGUACUCCUCCCAACGGAAGACCUGGCGAAUGCUUGUCUCAGAACACUGGUCGGCGACAUCAUCGCUGACCUGAUCCUUGGUCAGGCAGUGGCAGACAAAAUAUCCCAGCCCUGGUUAAUCCACGGAAUCGUCUCAAAGGUGGUAGGUAUGGUGGCAUGGCGGCCAACAGCUACAUCUUCCCUCAAUGCCGGCCAGACCCAUCAUCCAGAUCGACGCAUAAGCCGACUUGAACAAUUUGGCCUAUUAUCUUCAAAUACGGCAGAGCAGGAGCAUAAUUCGCCAGCACGUCGCCAAUCAUCGCUUAGUGCUUGGUUUUGGAAGCUGCUUCAGUCCGUCUUCAUCGCGUAUGAAUUCCUACGAUUCCUUCUCAUCGGUAUGGCUCACGCCCACCAUCUCCGCCCUAGGCUCCGCCUGCACAAGAGUCAUCAAGUGAGCGCAUCCACUCCAUCACCAUACUCAAACAAAUCCCUCACCGCGUCCUCACGGCGAGUGGUCGAUGCCGACCGACCUGCCCCCCGUGCGGUUCUCAGCUACAGGAUCUUCGGUUGCGUCUCGACCAUUCUCGAUUUGUCGCUGCGCAUGCCUUGGCUGGAAAGCUCAAUGAGCUUUUGUCAGUACUUCCUCAUCGCGGGUUCUGGUCGCCUCGGUGCCCUAAACUCAACGCUGGACAAGUAA